GCUUUCUGUGCGCACACUUAUUCAGAUAUCGCAAGCUGUUGCGAUGUGUAAAUUUGCAAUAUUUCGGUAAUUUCGAUAUAUCGUGCAGCCCUACAAAGUAUUUAGAACAUUCUAAACAGAUCUGGAGCAAGAUGCUUCCAGAGAGCUUUGAGAAUCCCCUCCCUCCUCUUCCAAGUCCCCACCUUCCUCCUAAACAGAUUACUCAGGAGUUAAAGGAGCCUGCAUUCGGUCGCUGUGUAGUCUCUGCGAGGCUUAGAGCCACAGAGGAAACAGAUGGGAUAAGAAAACCAGGGGAUCUUAUUACAGAGGCUUAAUCAGCAAACCAAGGCCCGUCCAGCAGACAGUCGCACAGCUUCGGCCCCUCACAGUUUCUCUUUCAGAGGUACUCGUCUCAGGGACUGGAGAUAAAUACAGCUGUUUAACAUGGAGAACGAGGAAGAGGAGGAUGAAAUCUUUACAACAUUGCAGGGAGGAUAUGAAGGGCAGGAAGAUGUAGAGGAGAAGGAGGAAGAGGAGCCGGAAGCUGAGAGGAAGAGCAGUUGGGAUAUCCCAAUUCCAAGUCGAUCAAUCGCCAGUCGCAGAGCUUCACUUCCAUGCCCGGCUCAGCUGAACGAGAUGCAUCUGAGCCGCCUGCACUCUGCCACCGUGGCCCCAAGCCCAGCUCACCUGAGCCACUUGCUUCAGAGCGGUGAGGCCAAGCCGUGCUCUCGCUCCAGCCAUGUUGGCAAUAAUGAGGUUGGAACGCAAACCAAGGGCAGCACAGGUGAAAGACGCCCACAUGCCAUCCCUACCAUCCCUGAGGUGCACGAGCCUCUGGAGAGAAAAGCCAGAUUUAGGAGCCGCAAUGUCAUGUCUCUGAGUGAUGCGGACAGUUUGUGUCUGAUCUGUCAUGACAACCUACGCAAAGGAGUAGGAGGUAUCAGAGAGCUUCACUGUUCCCACAGCUUCCACAGUGAGUGCAUAGAGGAGUGGCUGUGGAGCAAGCAGGCCUGUCCCACAUGUCAAAAGCAUGUUGCCAUGCCAGAGCCCCUGUACUGGACAUCUACCAGAGUAAUAGUGCCCUGAGCUCUUCCAGCACCCAUUCAAACUAGCUUGGACAUCAGCUUUUACAGGAUUGUUACAUGAUGCGGACGACUGACGAUGGAUAUGAAAGAAACAGCUAUUUACUAAAAACAAAAGGUGGUCAUUUGAUUUAUCCAGGAGAAACAGAUGGGCAGAACAUCUCUCUGGAUAUAGGCUAAUUGAUUUUGCCACCACUGUGUACAAUUGUUUGUUUUUGUAAUUGUAUUUACAUAUUAAGAAAAUGAAUGUUAUUUUCUAUCAUGGUUAUCUUUUUCUGCAUACAUCUAAGCAAACUGAACAAGUUGCAUGAAAAUGUAAAAUUGUAAAAUACCUCACUAUAUUUGUAAGUAGUUUGGACUGGAGUAGGCAUACUUGAUAUGUAAAUCAAAAAGUUCUGUUUUACAAA